UGUAAGCAUCUUUACAAGGACAACAGCGACUACGAGGGGGUACGCGGUGGCAAGAUUUGCAUAACAACGACGAGACAAAGGAGGAGAAGUUUCCUGCUGGAGGGCCAAAGCCCCCUUCAGAAAACUGUCUUCGUACGGUCUACUGAGCUAGGGGACUCUCUCGCCCAUUCACGCGGUCUGGACCAAUGAAGACCCCGAGUCCUUGGGCGUGUCUUAGCGGUGAUGUGACACUGCCGUCUCUUCGGACAGGAGCCGGCCAUCAGCUCAUUCCGGGCUCUUUGGAUGCGUAGAGAAGUCCGGAUCUCUUCUCCGGACACAGGUGAUUUUCUUGUGAAGGCAAGGUCCUUCUUUCUUUCUUCCACCGGGGAUCUUGGAACAUUCUUGCGUGGCCGCUUCCACCAUGGAGCGAACACUGGUCAUCUUGGUGAUUUCGAUGGUCCUUCUGGCGUAUGAAACGUUCGCCCAAGAAUGUGCUGUGAACAUGUGCACCAAUGGGGAAAACUGCUACACUCGGAACAGCGCUGAAGGCUACGUGUGUGAAUGCAACCUUCCAUUCAGAGACUCGUACAACUGUGCCAUUGGUCCAGACAAUCAAGAGAUAUUCACCUGCUAUGGGCCUAGCUGCACAGCAGGGGUGUUUGAGAGUUUGAAUUAUCCAUCACCCUACCCGAACCGCUACCGGGCACUCUACCUUCUCUACAUCCCCGGCGCCAGUGGGAUCUCCUUCACCUUUGACGACGUCUUUGGGAUCGAGACGGACAAGGACGAGCUGUACGUGGGCAAGGGCCUGACGGUGGACUUCACAGCCCUGAAUGGCGUGAACACGGUCGGUCCCGACGUCCGCUUCUUUGAAGGGUUCGCCAGACCAGCGGAUUUCACCUUGGAGAACACCGACACGGCCUGGAUGUACUUCAUCACCGACAAGAACCUGGAGUACAGCGGUUUCUCCAUCCGAUAUCAAAUGGUGGAUGAUAUGGCCCCUGUCAUUGAGAACUGCCCGAACUCCUUGAUUGUAUCGAGCACCAACACAGUGGGAGGUCAGGUCUUCUGGACACCGCCAACUGCAACUGACAUAUCACAGAUCACCACGUUGUCCACUCACAACCCAGGCGACGUAUUCCCCAUUGGGACGACUACGGUCACGUACACCUUCACCGACACAUUUGGGAACUCCAACCAGUGCUCCUUUGAUGUGACCGUCCAGUUUGUUGAUAACGUACCCCCGGUCAUCUCCAAUUGUCCCGCCUCCUUUACUGUGACGACCACCUCCACGGCGGGCGGUCAGGCUUUCUGGACAGCCCCGACUGCAACGGACGUGUCGCAGGUCACCACCUCAUCAACCCACAAUCCCGGUGCCACUUUCCCGGUGGGCACCACAACGGUCACCUACACCUUCACGGACACAGCUGGAAACAGUGACCAGUGCAGCUUUGACGUGACAGUCCAGUUUGUUGACACGAUACCUCCGACCAUUACCAACUGCCCCCAGUCCUUCACCAGAACAGCUCCAUUUGGGUCGACGACAAUUCCAGUCACCUGGAAUGAGCCAACAGCCACAGACAACUUGGGAACACCGACCCUGGUCAUACGGGAACCUGUGUCCGGUAGUCCUUUUGCCGUUGGUCAGACCACCACUGUACUUUACAGGUGGACAGACAGUGCCGGCCUGUCAUCCGAUUGCACCUUUGACGUGACCGUCAUUCCGCUUGGUGACACCACGCCGCCCGUGGUGACCUUCUGCCCCGAUGACAUCACCAGGUUCGUGCCCUUCCAGAGCACCGGCACCACAGUGACUUGGACGGAGCCCACGGCGACCGACAAUUCUGGGUCAGUGACAACGACCCAGACUCACACAUCGGGGUCCUUCUUUGCGACGGGCAGCAGCCAGACGGUCACGUACACGUUCCGGGAUGCCGAGGGCAACGAGGCACAGUGCCAGUUCAACGUGCGCAUCUUUCAGCAGAGCGACACAGUGCCACCAGUUGUCAGCAUUUGUCCAGAAAACAUAGCCCUGACCGUCCCCUUCCAAAGCACCGGAACCACCGUGUCCUGGAAUGAGCCCACGGUCUCUGACAACUCUGGAACCUUCACCACCACCCAGACGCAUAACUCUGGAGACUUCUUCAACGUCAACACCCAGACAACAGUCACCUACACGUUCACGGACGCAGCCGGCAACCAAGCCUUCUGCACCUUCACUGUGACUGUGACAGGGCUGGGGGAUAAUACUCCACCGGUGAUCACCUCCUGUCCGUCCGACAUCACCAUGUUUGUGCCGUUCCAGAGCACUGGCACCACGGUCACUUGGACCGAGCCAGUCGUGUCGGACGACUCGGGGAGUUUCGACACUGUACAAACCCGUACCUCGGGAUCAUUCUUCACCGUUGGGGAUAACACGGUCACUUACACAUUCCGGGAUGCCGCAGGCAAUGAAGUCUCAUGCUCGUUUGUGGUGAGAAUCAUUGAAUUAGGUGACACCGAGGCUCCAGUUGUCGCAGACUGUCCCCCGAAUGAAGCCAUUACCGUCCCCUUCCAGAGCACCGGAACGACCGUGACUUGGACCGAGCCCACAGUCAACGACAACUCUGGAACCUUCACCACCACCCAGACACAUAACUCUGGAGACUUCUUCAAUGCCAACACUCAGACGACAGUCACCUACACUUUCACGGACGCAGCCGGCAACCAAGCCUUCUGCACGUUCACCGUGACUGUCAUUGAACAAGGUGAUACUGCCCCACCCGUUGUGACCUCCUGUCCCAGUGACAUCACCCAGUUCGUUCCCUUCCUGAGCACUGGUACAAGUGUAACGUGGACCGAGCCAACCGUGCUCGACAACUCGGGCGCUUUUGACACCGUUCAGACGCGCACCUCAGGAUCCUUCUUUCCAGUUGGCGAAACUACGGUCACUUACACAUUCCGGGAUGCCUCAAACAACGAAGCAAUCUGUUCGUUUGUCGUCAGAGUCAUCGAGUUGGGCGACACCGAAGCACCAGUUGUCAGCGUUUGUCCAGAAAACAUAGCCUUGACCGUGCCUUUCCAGAGCACUGGAACGACCGUGUCGUGGAACGAGCCCACUGUCAACGACAACUCUGGAACCUUCACCACCACCCAGACACAUAACUCUGGAGACUUCUUCAACGUCAACACCCAGACACCGGUGACCUACACCUUCACGGACGCAGCCAACAACCAAGCCUUCUGCACUUUCACUGUGACUGUGACAGGGCUGGGUGAUACUGUCGACCCUGUGAUCACCUCCUGUCCAUCCGACAUCACCAUGUUUGUUCCGUUCCUCACCUCCGGCACCACUGUCACUUGGACCGAGCCGGUCGUGUCGGACAACUCUGGGAGCUUCGACACCAUCCAAUCCCGCACGUCGGGAUCGUUCUUUGCCGUCGGAGACAACACGGUCACUUACACAUUCCGGGAUGCUGCCGGCAACGAAGCCUCGUGCUCUUUUGUCGUGAGAGUCAUUCAGCUAGGCGACACCGAAGCACCAGUUGUCAGCGUUUGUCCAGAAAACAUAGCUUUGACCGUCCCCUUCCAGAGCACCGGAACCACCGUGUCCUGGAAUGAGCCCACGGUCUCCGACAACUCUGGAACCUUCACAACCACCCAGACACAUAACUCCGGAGAUUUCUUCAAUGCCAACACCCAGACACCGGUGACCUACACAUUCACGGACGCAGCCGGCAACCAAGCCCUCUGCACUUUCACUGUGACUGUGACAGGGCUGGGUGAUACUGUCCCGCCUGUUGUGACCUCCUGUCCCGAUGACAUCACCCAGUUUGUUCCCUUCCUGAGCACCGGUACCACUGUAACGUGGACCGAGCCAACCGUGCUUGACAACUCGGGCGCUUUUGACACCGUUCAGACGCGCACCUCGGGAUCCUUCUUUUCGGUUGGAGAGACUACAGUUGCGUACACGUUCCGGGAUGCGGCAAACAACGAAGCAGUCUGUUCGUUUGUUGUCAGAGUCAUCGAGCUAGGGGACACCGAGGCACCAGUCGUCAGUGAUUGUCCAGACAACAUCGCCCUAUCAGUUCCCUUCCUGAGCACUGGCACGACAGUAUCUUGGAAUGAGCCCACUGUCAAUGACAACUCUGGAACCUUCACCACCACCCAGACCCACAACUCUGGAGACUUCUUCAAUGCCAACACUCAGACUACAGUCACCUACACAUUCACCGACGCAGCCGGCAACCAAGCCUUCUGUAUAUUCACUGUGACUGUGACAUCUCUUGGUGAUGCUGUUCCCCCCGUGAUCACCUCUUGUCCGUCUGACAUCACCAUGUUUGUUCCGUUCCUCACCUCCGGCACCACGGUCACUUGGACCGAGCCGGUCGUAUCAGACAACUCUGGGAGCUUCGACACCAUCCAAUCCCGCACGUCGGGAUCAUUCUUUGCCGUUGGAGACAACACAGUCACUUACACAUUCCGGGAUGCUGCCGGCAAUGAAAACUCUUGCUCAUUUGUCGUGAGAAUUAUUCAACUGGGUGACACUGAGGCACCUGUUGUGGCAGUGUGUCCGCCAAACGAGGCCAUCACCGUCCCCUUCCAGAGCACGGGAACGACCGUGACUUGGCUCGAGCCCACAGUCACUGACAACUCUGGGACCUUCACGACCACCCAGACCCACAAUUCCGGGGACUUCUUCGAUGCCAACACUCAGAUGACAGUCACUUACACUUUCACGGAUGCAGCCGGCAACCAAGCCUUCUGCACAUUCACCGUGACUGUCAUUGAACAAGGGGAUACUGUCGCACCCGUUGUGACCUCCUGUCCCGACGACAUCACCCAGUUCGUUCCCUUCCUGAGCACCGGUACAAGUGUAACGUGGACCGAGCCAACCGUGCUUGACAACUCGGGCGCUUUUGACACCGUUCAGACGCGCACCUCGGGAUCCUUCUUUCCGGUUGGGGAGACUACAGUCAUGUACACAUUCCGGGAUGCGGCAAACAACGAAGCAGUCUGUUCGUUCGUUGUCAGAGUCAUCGAGUUGGGCGACACCGAAGCACCAGUUGUCAGCGUUUGUCCAGAAAACAUAGCCCUGACCGUUCCCUUCCAGAGCACUGGAACGACCGUGUCCUGGAAUGAGCCCACUGUCAACGACAACUCUGGAACCUUCACCACCACCCAGACGCAUAACUCUGGAGACUUCUUCAAUGUCAACACCCAGACAACAGUCACCUACACAUUCACGGAUGCAGCUGGCAACCAAGCCUUCUGCAUCUUCACUGUGACUGUGACAGAGUUGGGUGAUACUGUCGACCCUGUGAUCACCUCCUGUCCGGCCGACAUCACCAUGUUUGUGCCUUUCCAGAGCACUGGCACCACGGUCACUUGGACCGAGCCAGUCGUGUCGGACAACUCUGGGAGUUUCGACACCAUCCAAAGCCGCACCUCAGGAUCGUUCUUCGCCAUCGGUGACAACACGGUCACUUACACUUUCCGGGAUGCUGCCGGCAACGAAGCCUCGUGCUCGUUUGUCGUGAGAAUCAUUGAAUUAGGCGACACCGAAUCACCAAUGACAGUUGUCUGUCCCGAGAGUAUGUCCAUCACUGUGCCUUUCCAAAGCACCGGAACAACUGUUUCUUGGAAUGAGCCCACAGUCACUGACAACUCCGGUGACUUCACGACCACCCAGACCCACAAUUCUGGAGACUUCUUCAAUGCCAACACCCAAACCCAAGUCACUUACACAUUCACAGAUGCAGCUGGCAACCAAGCCUUCUGUAUAUUCACUGUGACUGUCAUAGAGCAAGGAGAUACUGUCCCACCCGUUGUGACCUCCUGCCCCAGUGACAUCACCCAGUUCGUUCCCUUCCUGAGCAUCGGUACCACGGUAACGUGGACCGAGCCAACCGUAGUUGACAACUCGGGCGCUUUUGACACCAUUCAGACGCACACCUCAGGGUCCUUCUUUCCGGUUGGCGAAUCUACGGUCACCUACACGUUCAGGGAUGCAGCAAGUAAUGAAGCAGUCUGUUCAUUUGUCGUCAGGGUGAUUGAGCAAGGAGACACAACCCCUCCUGAUGUCACGAGUUGUCCGGACAGCACGGCCGUCAAUGUCCCCUUCCAGAGCCCAGGGACCGCCAUCACCUGGAAUGAGCCGGUGGCAACGGACAACUCGGGAUCCUUCACCACGACCCAGACCCACGACUCUGGAGAUUUCUUCAACGCCAACACCCAGACGACGGUCACCUACACGUUCACCGACGCAGCCGGCAACCAAGCCUUCUGUAUAUUCACGGUGACCGUGACAGAGCUGGGUGACGUGACCCCACCCGUGGUGACCUCCUGCCCGGCCGACAUCACCGAAUUCGUGCCCUUCCUCUCCAGCGGCACGAUCAUCAACUGGAACGAGCCCGUGGUCUCGGACAACUCUGGCAACGUGGCGACGACCCAGAACCGAGCCUCGGGCUCCUUCUUCACCACCGGCUCUGACAUCACGGUGACCUACACGUUCAGGGACGCGGCUGGCAAUGAGGCUGUCUGUUCCUUCAGGGUCAGGGUCAUUGAGCUGGGUGAUGCCACUCCUCCUGAAGUGACCAACUGCCCUGCGGACAUCACCAUCAACGUCCCCUUCCAGACUGCGGGAGCCACAGCGUCGUGGGCCGAGCCAAUUGUCACCGACAACUCGGGUGACUUCACGACCACCCAGACCCACAACUCCGGGGACUUCUUCAAUGCCAACACCCAGACACCGGUGACCUACACGUUCACGGACGCAGCCGGCAACCAAGCCUUCUGCACUUUCAUGGUGACCGUAACGGAGCUGGGCGAUGCAAUACCACCUGUGGUCACUUGCCCUGCCAACAUCAACGAAAUCGUCCAGUUUGGUGCUGGCGGUGCAGUCAUCACAUGGCUGGCCCCGACGGUCACCGACAACUCGGGCAGCUUCUCCCUGGUGGAGAACACCAACAAUCCUGGGGACUUCCUGCUGACAGGGCAGACCAUCGUGACGUACCGUUACCGGGACCCAGCCGGAAACGAGAACUCUUGCAGCUUCACCGUCACUAUUAUGGAAGUUGACACCAUACCACCGGUCAUCCAAACUUGUCCGAGCAACAUCGUGGACCAGGUGGAGUUUGGGGUGUCCGGCAAGUCCAUCGUGUGGACCGAGCCCACGGGCAUCGACAACACUGGAGGGCAGGUCAUCAUCGCUCAGCGAAAUUUCCAGCCCGGCGAUGUUUUCCCCGUUGGCGAGACAGUCGUCACGUAUGUCCUGGUGGAUCCCUCCGGCAACCAAGCCACCUGCCAGUUCACCAUCACAAUCAUAAUGGUGGACACAAUACGUCCUACGAUUGUCAACUGCCCAGCUGGCAUCACUCAGACCAUCUUGACCGGGACCGCCCCAAUUGCUGUGCAGUUUACGGAGCCCACCGCUACGGACAACACGGGCGUGGUCAAUCUGGCCUUCAACUCGCACAGCUCCGGCGAUCUCUUCCCGGCUGGCCAGACGGAUGUCACCUUCAUCUUUGAGGACGAGGCGGGGAACCAGGCAACCUGCAUGUUCACCGUGACCAUCAAUGAAGCCAACCCAUGCUUGUCCCAGCCCUGUCUGAAUGGCGGCGCCUGCAUUUCAGAGUCACUCACGGCCUAUCGCUGCUUGUGUACCGAGUGCUUCACUGGUAAUCGCUGCGAGCUACCGAGGGAUGCAUGCGACGGUAACACCUGCCAGAAUGGAGCAGCCUGCGCUGCCCUGCCUGGUUCCUGCACGCAGUACGAGUGCCAGUGCCCCGGCUGCUUCAUCGGACAGUUCUGUGAACGAAGAGUGGACAGCUGCGAAAACAACCAGUGUGCCAAUGGCGCGGUCUGCGUCAGCAGCAGCCAGAACUGUAUCGAGUACACUUGCCAGUGCCCGCCGUGCUAUGCUGGACAAUUCUGCGACAUCCCCAUAUCUGCCUGUGCCAACCAUGGGUGUCAGAACGGAGGAGUCUGCGCGCCGGUUGUCAGUCCGAACAACGUCUACGCUUGUUCUGAGUACACGUGCGCGUGCACGGGCUGCUUCACCGGCGAAAGAUGCGAAGUCCAGCGUGAUGCUUGUAAUCCCAACCCUUGUCUGAACGGAGCCGAGUGCUCUGUCCUGCCCGACAACUGCUACUCUUACACCUGUCAGUGCAACGGCUGCUUCAGCGGCUUCAACUGCGAAAUCCCCAUCAGCUCACCAUGUGACGACAACCCAUGCCAGAAUGGUGGCGUCUGCAGCGUCAUUCAGGGGACGUGCGCGUCGUACGCCUGCUCGUGCCCCAACACCCACAUUGGGGUCAACUGCGAAAUAGCGGUCACCGUGAAUCCCAACCCGUGCAACAGCUUCCCCUGUCUGAACGGAGCAUCUUGCCUGACCAUGGACGCCAACCACUACGUCUGCCUCUGCUCUCCGAACGACGUGGGCCAGAACUGUCAGAGCACCAUUGUCAGUGUACCAGCCAUGGACCUGUGCGACACCAGCCCGUGCCAGAACGGUGCGACGUGCUUCAACAGCUACAACAGCAACACGGGCACCAAUCUGAUCCCGCAGUACACCUGCCAGUGCACCAAUGGCUUCACUGGCCCCAAUUGUGCCAGUCCUGUCGUUGACAACCCCUCCUUGAACGUCUGCUCCCUCGAGGACACGCCAGACUGCGAGCAAGGGGCAACCUGCUCCAAUGCAUUCCACAGCUUCGACAACAACGUGGACUACAUCUGCAACUGCCCGGUUGGUUUCAUCGGCCACAACUGCGAGACCAUCAGCGCCAAUCCUUGUAACAGCAACCCGUGCAAGAACGGUGCCCAGUGCACCGCCUUCAACACUUACUUUGUGUGUACGUGCCCUGCGGGUUACGCCGGCUCCACCUGUGAAAUCCCAGUCGGUGAUAACAUAGAUCCCGUCAUUGACGGCUGCCCGGACUCGGUCAACAGGAUCGUCGGCACCGGUAGCAGCAGCGUCGUCACCUGGACCGCGCCCACUGCCACCGACAACUCGGGCUCGGCGUUCUUGGUCUACAGCUCCCACGCCUCUGGCUCCAGCUUCCCCGUCGGCACGACGGCCGUCACCUACGUCUUUUCCGACCCCAGCUCGAAUUACGCCAUCUGUACCUUCUUUAUCACCAUCUCUACAACUGUCGUGGACAACACUCCACCGGUCAUCAGCAAUUGCCCCAGCAACCGAGCGGUCACAGCAGCGGUCGGUGCCACCAGUGCAGCGGUCAGCUGGGUUGAGCCGACGGCAACCGAUAACUCCGGUGCUACGGUCAACCGGGUGUCCACUGCGUCGCCCGGUGACACCUUCAACCUGGGGUCCACCACGGUCACCUACACAUUCACCGACAUCUCUGGCAAUGACGCCGUAUGCUCAUUUGUCGUCACAGUGAACCCAGGGACUGUCACGGACAACACUCCACCGGUCAUUAGCAACUGUCCCAACAACCAAGCGGUCACAGCAGCCGUUGGUGCAACCAGUGCAGUGGUCACUUGGGUUGAGCCCACGGCUACUGAUAACUCCGGCAUUGCCGUCACACGCUUGUCCAAUGCAUCGCCCGGUGACUCCUUCAACCUAGGAUCCACCACCGUCACCUACACAUUCACCGACAACUCGGGGAACGAAGCUGUCUGCUCAUUUGUUGUGACUGUUAACAGUGGGACUGUUACAGACACUACACCACCGGUCAUCUCUAACUGCCCAAUGGGCCCCUCAGCGACACUGUCACAGGGUGCCACUUCAGUUGCGGUCACCUGGACUGUCCCAACUGCCACGGACAAUUCUGGCGGCACCGUAACCAGAACCUCUACCCACAAUUCUGGAGACUUGUUCUCCGCUGGCAACACUCAGGUCACAUACACAUUCACCGACCCCUCUGGCAAUGAAGCACGGUGUCAGUUUGUCGUCAUGGUUUCCAGCUUCAGCGGUGGUGACACUCAAGCCCCAGUAAUCUCAGGUUGCCCCGUCUCCCAGACCGUGGCGCCGGACGCAGGAUCGAACGUGGCCACCGUCUCCUGGGUGGAGCCCACGGCGGUGGACAACAGUGGCCAGGAGCCGGGCGUGGCCAAGUCCCACCAGCCUCCCGCCACCUUCACGUCCAACACGGUCACGCGGGUCACCUACAUCUUCUACGACAACUUUGGCAACUUCGACACGUGCGACUUCACCAUAACCGUCACAGCAAGCUCACCUGGUACCGACAACAUCCCACCCAUCAUCAGCGACUGCCCCAAUGGCAUCACGGUCACGGGAACCAACAAUGCGGUGGUGUCUUGGGUGGAGCCAACGGCGACAGACAACGACGGGCAACCCGUCAGCGUGGUCAAAAGCCACGAGCCCAACAGCAUCUUCAAUGUCGGUUCCACGACUGUAACCUACACGUUCUCCGAUACGUCCGGCAACGUGGCCAUCUGCAGCUUUGUCGUAACAGUCACCCCAGCCACGGACAACACUCCACCGGUCAUUAGCAACUGUCCCAGCAACCAAGCCGUCACAGCAGCCGUUGGUGCAAACAGCGCAGUGGUCACGUGGGUCGAGCCCACGGCUACCGAUAACUCCGGCAUUGCCGUCACGCGCUCGUCCGAUGCCUCGCCCGGCGACUCCUUCGACCUGGGAUCCACCACGGUCACCUACACAUUCACCGACAACUCGGGAAAUGAGAACAUCUGCUCGUUUAUAGUGACGGUGAACCCAGGCUCGGUAGUGGACAAUACACCGCCGCUCAUCUCCAACUGCCCGACGGGUGCCUCAGCAACACUGCCCCAGGGUGCCACUUCGGUCGCGGUCACCUGGACCGUCCCGACUGCCACCGAUAACUCUGGUGGCACUGUGUCCAGAACAUCUACGCACGAUUCUGGAGAUUCCUUCGGCCUCGGAAACACCCAGGUCACGUACACGUUCACCGAUCCCUCCGGCAAUGAAGCGCGGUGCCAGUUUGUCGUCAUGGUUUCCAGUCCCACUGCCAGUGACACCACAGCACCGGUCAUCUCCGGCUGCCCGGCUUCCCAAACGACGGCUCCAGACGCCGGCUCCAAUACGGCCACGGUCUCCUGGAUUGAGCCGACGGCGACCGACAACAGCGGCGUGGAGCCUGGCGUCAGCCGGUCCCACACGCCCCCGGCCACCUUUUCGGCCAACACGGUCACCAGGGUGGUGUACACGUUCUUCGAUAACUCUGGAAACUUUGACACCUGCGAAUUCACCGUCACUGUCACAGAGGGCACGUCUACCGGGGACAACACCCCACCUGUCAUCAGCAACUGUCCAAAUGGUGUCACGGCAACGGGAACCAACAAUGCUGUGGUGUCAUGGGUAGAGCCGACGGCAACAGAUGACGAUGGACAACCUGUCAGCGUCACCAGAAGCCACGUGCCCAACAGCGUCUUCAAUGCCGGUUCCACGACCAUCACCUACAGGUUCACUGAUACAUCUGGCAACGAAGCCGUCUGCUCCUUUGUCGUGACGGUGGCAGCUCCGGCAGACAACACUCCACCCGUAAUAACCAACUGCCCCGGCAACCAGGCGGCCACAGCAGCCGUUGGUGCCACCAGCGCAGCGGUCACUUGGGUCGAGCCCACGGCAACCGACAACUCCGGCACAGCGGUCACUCGUUUGUCCAAUGCGUCACCCGGUGACUCCUUCAAUGUGGGAUCCACCACAGUCACCUACACGUUCACAGACAACUCCGGAAAUGAGGCCGUCUGCUCUUUCGUUGUAGUUGUCAGUGCUGCCAUGACCAAUACAAACCCUUGCAACAGUAAUCCGUGCCCCGCCGACCAGAACUGUUACUAUCGAGAAAACGAGUACCUCUGUCUGGCUGAUGGAAGACGAAGACGUGAUGUCGAUCAAAUUAAAACAGAUGGCUGCAUGUGUAAGAAUGGUGGUGUCUGCAUGGGAGACAAGGACAACGGUCACAUGUGUGCCUGCCCCACGGGCUAUGAAGGAAUACUUUGUGAACAAGCUUUGGUGGAUGUCUGCCAGCCAAACCCCUGCGCCAACAACGGUACGUGCAUCGAAUACACGACGACAACCUACGUGUGCAUCUGCAGCCCUGGCUGGGCGGGCCGGCGUUGCGAGCAAGCCCAACGGAAACCAGAUCCUGACCACAGCAUGGCCGCCCGUUCGGAGUGGAGUUCCACCGUGCAGCUGAUGGUAGGCUGCUCCCUGGCCGUUUUGGGCACUGUCGUCAUUGUCUUGGCGGCCACGGUCUGCCGCCUGGCUCCCCGCCGCUUCAACGGCGCCCAGAAGUUCCGCAUAGAUGAGGCCACGCUCGUCCAGUGACAGCUUGAAAUGGCUAUUAUGAAACUAGAAAAAGUGUUCCUCUUGUCCGCAUUACAAAAUUUUUAAAAUCAAAGAGUACUUGAUCACGAUUUUAUUUUGAACCUUUUAAUCUUCAAUUAUACAUGUAUUCUUAAUGCAGUUUUAAUUAACACUAGUGAAAUUAGCAGUUGUAGCCCGAAAAUAUUCUAUUGCAGCUUUAUGUGUAUAUGUUAGUACAGUUUUUAUAUUUUGAUAUUUGUAACCCAAGUUUGGCCAUAAAUGUGUAGGUUGUGGUUUAUUUUUUGUUCAAGUCACAGCUGCAUCUGACGUGGGAAGCACUUACCAGUGAAAAGUGCUUAAAGCAGGUUAACAAGUUGACGUGAUGUGAAGAAUCCUGUUUGUGUGCACUUCUGUUUUGGUGACACAAGCUGGAUUGGUAAUUUAAAGACGUACAUAAUGAUUAAUGUUUUCCUGCUUGAAAUAUUUUUAUCCCCAAACACGGUAUUGUAUUUUUAACAGUUGUAGGUUGAGUUUUGCUUUUUUUCCAUUUUUUAAAUUUUGCAAACCCCAUUGGGAGGUACAUGUUUGAAGAACCUGUUUCUAAAUAAUGCAUUUUGGUGUAAGUGUUUAGCAGAUUGAAAACACAGUGUUAAAAGACUAGAGAACAUUUAAUGUUGGAGGAAAAAAACGUAUCACGUAGCUUUGGUCAUGUUUGGCAUGGUUUGAGUUGAUUUCUUUGACGAGAAUUAUUCCGCAGUAUAUGUAUGUCAGUGGUUUGAAAGAUCUUUUUAUCAACAUUUUAGCACGCGAGAUUAGGUCAUUUCCUUCAAACAAUGUGCUAUACGUCAGCUUCUGCAUCAAUUUUUUUCUAAUGUAUAAGUUCGUAACUUGUAGCUUCUGUACAAAAUGUUUGUGUAGGCGUAGAAGAGAUGAAAGAAGCCAUUUUAAAACGGAAUUUUAAAACUCUCAAAACCUGGCAAGAGAAUCAAAGAAUGUAAAAUUCUGUAAUUUUGCUUUUGGUUCGUGAAACA